AUGGUGGCAGAAAAAGAGACCCUGACUUUAAACAAAUGCCCAGACAAGAUGCCGAAGAGGACCAAACUGCUGCCACAACAGUCGCUCCAGGUGCACCAGCCUCAUUCCCUGGUUUCUGAGGGCUUCACAGUCAAAGCCAUGAUGAAAAACUCAGUCGUGCGGGGUCCUCCAGCUGCAGGGGCAUUUAAAGAAAGGCCGACCAAACCCACCGCUUUCCGAAAAUUUUAUGAGCGAGGAGACUUCCCAAUCGCCCUUGAGCAUGACUCGAAAGGAAACAAAAUUGCCUGGAAGGUAGAGAUUGAGAAACUGGACUACCAUCAUUACCUGCCUCUGUUUUUUGAUGGGCUUUGUGAAAUGACGUUUCCCUAUGAGUUUUUUGCUCGGCAAGGAAUCCACGACAUGCUGGAACACGGAGGGAACAAGAUUCUACCUGUCAUUCCUCAGCUCAUUAUCCCGAUAAAAAAUGCCUUGAACCUCCGAAACAGACAGGUCAUCUGUGUCACGCUCAAAGUUCUCCAGCAUCUGGUUGUGUCCGCGGAGAUGGUAGGCGAAGCUUUGGUGCCCUACUACCGUCAGAUCCUGCCAAUCCUGAACAUCUUCAAGAACAUGAACGUGAACUCCGGGGAUGGCAUCGACUACAGCCAGCAGAAGAGGGAGAACAUCGGCGACCUGAUCCAGGAGACCCUGGAAGCCUUCGAGCGCUAUGGAGGGGAGGACGCCUUCAUCAACAUCAAGUACAUGGUGCCCACCUAUGAGUCGUGCUUGCUGAACUGACCGGGCAACUGCAGGAGGGAGCCUCCGUCGGUAUCACAACCAUCUGUCCCCAAUGUCCUAGCAUCUCGUUACUUGUGACUUCUACAACUCUCUUUCUACAGCUGCAAACAUAGUAGCUUCUGGGCCAAAAGACUGUUAGCC